AUGUGGCGGCGUCUCUAUUUCCUGUUGAUCCUGGUGCGCGUCUACUUUGCGCUGUCACCGAGCUAUCUGCACCCGGACGAGAACUUCCAGGGCCCCGAGGUCAUAGCCGGCCGUGUCUUCGACUAUCCCGUCCACGAAACAUGGGAGUUCACCGCAGAGCACCCCAUCCGCAGCACCUUCCCGCUAUGGCUCGCAUACGGCUGGCCCAUGUACAUGCUGCGCUGGCUGUGGGAGGGCUUUGGCUACGCCGUCUCGCCCUCGGUCGUCUACUGGACCCUGCGCGUGCUCAUGCUCGCCCUGAGCGUCGUCAUGGAGGACUGGGCCGUCCAUGAGCUCGUCGACUCGCCCCGCGCCCGACGCGUCGCCGUGCCUCUGGUCGCCUCGUCCUACGUCACCUGGACCUUCCAGACGCACACCUUCUCCAACAGCCUGGAGACGCUGCUCGUGUGCUGGAGUCUGGUGCUGAUCCAGCGCAUCGUACGAGACAAGAAACGCUCCGGCAUCUUGGCCUCGUCCAUGUUGGGCUUCAUGCUCGUCGUGGGCCUCUUCAACCGCAUAACCUUUCCCGCUUUCCUGCUCCUUCCCUCGUUGCUUUUGUUGCCCCACUUCAAGCGCAAGCCUCUUUCCUUCGUCUUCCUUACGCUGUCCGCUUUCUUUGCAGCUUUUCUUGCCAUCUGCGUCGACACGGCCUCAUACACUCCUGGCGAUUUCACCCUCUCGAGCGUUCUCAGCAAGCCCGUCAUAACGCCAUUCAACAACUUCAUCUACAACUCCGACUCGGCCAACCUUGCCCAGCAUGGUAUACACCCACGUUACCAGCACUUCCUGGUCAACCUUCCCCAGUUGCUUGGACCCGCAUUCCCGCUCCUCUUCUUCCUCCGCCCAUCACACACAACGCCCAUUCUCGUCUCUGCCUUGUCCGGUGUUGCACUGCUCAGCAUCUUCCCCCACCAGGAAGCUCGAUUCCUGCUGCCCGCAGUUCCUCUGGUCCUCUCCUCCGUCCGUCUUCCAUUCAAUCCUGGAAUUAGGAAGCUAUUCACUGCAACUUGGAUCAUUUUCAACCUUGCUCUUGGCAUGCUGAUGGGCGUCUACCACCAAGGCGGCAUCGUGCCCGUGCAGAUGCACAUUGCAAAGACCAACGAAACGGUCACGCACGCCUUCUGGUGGAAAACAUACAGCCCACCGACUUGGCUGCUCAACGGCAAGAACGAGGAACUCACCACGGUCGAUUUGAUGGGCAUGCCAGGCGAGCAGAUGCUCGAGGCCAUCAAGACCGCUCUACCACCGUGUCGCACCCGCAAACCCCCCAAGCUCGAAGGGAGAGGCGCUACCUAUGUAAUUGCCCCUCGCUCCGCCUACCUUCUCACACCAUACCAGGAUCCAGCCCAGCGCAGAGAUCUCUCUCUCGAGGAAGUGUGGAGCUACACUCAGCACCUGAAUCUGGACGACAUGGAUUUUGGCGACGAUGGCGUGUGGCCGACGCUCAGCAGGGUGGUGGGCGAUCGCGGCCUGGUCAUCUGGCGCGCGACGCGCAAUUGCUGGGCCACCAACACCACGAUGACCCCUGCCUAG